UCCCUCCCCCCCCCUCUCCCGGCGCGAGGGCGUCACGUGACCCGGCGGCGGCGCCCGGCGCGGUGGACGCUGGAGGCCCAAGAUGGCGGCGGAGCUGGUGGAGGCGAAGAACAUGGUGAUGAGUUUCCGAGUCUCAGAUCUUCAGAUGUUGCUGGGUUUUGUUGGCAGGAGUAAAAGCGGACUAAAACACGAACUAGUGACCCGAGCUUUGCAGCUGGUCCAGUUUGACUGCAGCCCCGAGGUGUUCAAGAAGAUCAAGGAGCUCUACGAGACUCGCUACAACAAGAAGGGCUCGGACGUGGCGCAGCCGCCGGCGCCGCACCGCGCCGAGGCCCUGGCCCUGCACUCCUCCUACGACCGCGGCAGCGCCGUGCCUCGCCCCCUGCCCGCCACCAACAUCGACUACCCUGCCCUCUAUGGCAAAUACCUGAACGGACUGGGCAGGUUGCCCCCCAAAGUGGCCAAGCCCGAGGUUCGCUUGGUGAAGUUGCCCUUUUAUACCACGCUGGACGAGCUGUUGAAGCCCACAGAGUUAGUUCCACAGAAUAAUGAGAAGCUUCAGGAAAGUCCGUGCAUUUUUGCAUUAACACCAAGACAAGUGGAGCUGAUCAGAAAUUCCAGGGAAUUGCAACCUGGUGUGAAAUCGGUUCAGGUGGUGCUCAGAAUCUGCUACACAGACACCAGUUCCCCUCAGGAGGAUCAGUACCCUCCCAACAUCGCCGUCAAGGUGAACCACAGCUACUGCUCCGUGCCGGGCUACUACCCCUCAAACAAACCCGGGGUGGAACCCAAGAGGCCCUGCAGACCCAUCAACCUCACCCAUCUUAUGUACCUGUCGGCGGCCACCAACCGCAUCACCGUCACCUGGGGCAACUACGGCAAGAGCUACUCGGUGGGGCUGUACCUGGUGCGGCAGAUGACCUCAGCAGAGCUGCUGCAGAGGUUGAAAACCAUCGGCAUCAAACACCCCGAGCUCUGCAAAGCACUGGUGAAAGAGAAGCUACGCCUGGACCCCGACAGUGAAAUCGCCACCACCGGGGUCCGAGUGUCCCUCAUCUGUCCGCUGGUGAAGAUGCGCCUGUCGGUGCCGUGCCGGGCCGAGACCUGUGCACACCUGCAGUGCUUUGAUGCCGUCUUCUACCUACAGAUGAAUGAGAAAAAGCCCACAUGGAUGUGCCCUGUGUGUGACAAACCUGCCCCCUACGACCAGCUCAUCAUUGAUGGGCUCCUGUCCAAGAUCCUGACAGAAUGUGAAGAUGCAGAUGAGAUCGAGUACCUGGUGGAUGGCUCCUGGUGCCCCAUCCGAGCCGAGAAGGAGCGGAGCUGCAGCCCUCAGUGUCCAAUCCUGGUUCUAGGUUCCUCGGACGUGAACGGGCUCCUGGCCACUCCCAACGGCACCGGCGAGAACGGCAAAGCCCCGGCGGAUGUUGUGGAUUUAACACUGGACAGCUCAUCCUCGGAGGAGGACGAGGAGGAGGACGAGGAGGAGGAUGAUGAUGACGAGGGACCCCAGCCCAAACGACGCUGCUCUUACGAGAAAGGUUUAGUCUCUGCCUGCUGACUGCAGCCACGGCUCAGAAUUCCCAACGGACAGACUUGAAUACUCUGGUGCUUAUUAAACUGGAGGAGGGGGAGAACGUCCUCUCCCACCUCAUCUCCCUCCCUC